AUGGUCAAAGAGUCCGAUAAAAAGGUGGACUGCGUGAUUACGAGGACUGGUGACUGCUCCCGGGGGUGCAAGGUGCACGUCAAGACUGUCGACGGCACUGCCAAGGCCAAGGACGACUACACCGCGGUCGACAUGGACGUGCUCUUCAGAUGGGGGGAGACGAAGAAGACGGUGACCAUCGACAUUAUCGAGGACACCGAGUACGAGGAGACGGAGGAUUUCCAGCUCCACCUCUCCAUCCCGCCUGCGUCCAGGGGAAGGGUUGGACUCGCACAGGACGGACGCGGUGGAGUGCCAGGAUGCGACGUGGCGAGCAUAGUAAUCCUGGACAACAACCACCCGGGUGUCCUCGGCUUCAGCAGCUCCGAGAUAAAGGUGGAGGAGUCGCCCGAGCCCAAGCCCGUCAUGGUGGAGGUCGUUCGCCAGAGGGGCACCUACGGGAAGGUCACCUGCGCGUACCGGACGGAAGACAUGACCGCGGUCCAUGAUUACGACUACAAGGCGAUAAGCGGAGUCCUUGAGUUCGACCACGGCGAGGCGGUCAAGAUGCUGCCGCCGCUGACGGUCUAUCCGAAGCUCGAGGGCCGGAGCGAGAAGACAGAGCAGUUCCGGUUGAUCAUUUCCGAUGCAACAGGCAAGGCGACGUUCGACGACAGCACCGACGGGACCGAGACGAUGUCGAUCUGCACGAUAACCAUCCAGGGAGAUGCUGAUACGCAGGGUUGGCUGGGAGGCCUUGCUGAUAUGCAAGUGCUGAACACCGACCAGCUCGCGCUCACUAAAAGAAGCUGGAUGGAGCAGUUCGAAGAGUUGAAGCCCGACGGGGAGUCUUGCAUGGACAAAGUUGUGCACUUCGCGCUCUUCCCUUGGAAGCUGAUCUGCGCGUGUGUCCCCCCGCCGAGCUUCUGCGGCGGGUGGGUCUGCUUCGUGACCGCCCUGGCGGUGAUAGGACUCCUCACGGCGCUGAUCGGAGACUUGGCGGAGAUGCUAGGCUGCGCCCUGCUGCCCAUGCUGCCCACCAAGAGCGCCAAGGCCAUCACGGCCGUGACGAUCGUGGCGCUGGGGACGUCGCUCCCGGACACCUUCGCCUCCAGGGCGUCGGCCGUCCAGGACUCUACGGCCGACGCCAGCAUCGGCAAUGUUACGGGCAGCAACUCUGUCAACGUUUUUUUGGGGCUCGGGCUCCCCUGGAUGGUCGGCGCCUUCUACUGGAAGCUGAAAGGGGUGAACCUCGACGAUCCGACGGACCCGUGGGUCAUGACGGGCACCGAGGUCGGCUGGCUGGACAACCCAGACAUGCACAUCAGGGAGAGAUAUCCAGCCUGCUUCGUCGUGCCUGCGGGAUCGCUCGGCAGCUGCGUCAUGGUCUUCUCCGUCACGGCCGUGUCCACCGUCGGCAUCCUCAUGGUUAGGCGAAGCAGGUAUGGUGGCGAGCUCGGCGGACCAGACGGUGUGAAGUGGGCCUCGGCUGCCGCCAUGGUGUCCUUGUGGCUGAUCUACAUUGUGUUCUCGGUGUUCACGGCCAUCUCUGAAGAGUCGUAG